UCAUAUAAAUCCAAUAAUCGAAGCCCUGUGAUCCCUCUUUGGUUGAGCUCUGUGAUCCCUCUUUUGUUCCCCCACCCCCUCUCUUUCUCUCUCAACAAUUUGGGAAAUCAGUUUCCCUCUCUUUCUCUCUCCGAUUUACAGCGUGGAAGGAAAUCUCUAUCAUCUGUUUGUUCUUCUCUUCGAUUUCUUAAGGUCUCUCGAAAGAUUGUCAUGGACCACACUAGCUUUGAUAGUGGUGCAUCUCCUAUAUAUUCAGAUCAGGACCAUAGAAGUGAUGAAUCUCAAAGUGUUAUAGAUCCCGGAGGAUCUCAAAGUGUUAUAGAUCCCGGAGGAUCUCAAAGUGUUAUAGAUCUUGGAGGCACUUCCAUGGAGGGCAAUGAAGAAGUGAUUCCGAGUGAGAAUGCCAAUGAUGCUAAUGAUGAGAGGGCUUUGACUCUUACAGGCGAGGAGGCAGAUGUAUCUGGAGAUAAAGAUGGUGAACCAUAUGAGGGCAUGGAAUUUGAGUCUCAGUAUACAGCUUAUAAAUUUUAUAAUGAUUAUGCAAGGCGUAUGGGAUUUGGCGUACGUUGGGCUAAGACAGGUCGAUCAAGGAGGAACAGGGAAGUCAUUGGUCGGGACAUUUAUUGCUUUAGGCAGGGUAGGACCCCUGGGAAACAUGAUGGCAAUGCACGACAGAGUCCUGUUACGAGGAUAGGGUGUAAGGCGUUGCUUCGUCUUAAGAAAGUUAAUAGUGAGAAAUGGGUUGUCUCCAAGUUUGUGAAAGAGCAUUGUCAUGACUUUUUGGCUCCUGACAAAGUUGGUCUCAUUCGUUCACAUCGCCGAAUACUCGAUGAUGCGAAGAGCCUCAUUGAUUUCCACACUACGGCAUUGUUAGAACCAUCACAGAUGAUGUCUAAUUCAGAGGCGCAGGCUGGUGGGUUGGGAAAUGGUGGAUCUACUCAAAGGGACCGAGCUAGUGAUGAAUCUCAAAUGGUUCUAGAUCCCUCAGGCUUUUCCUUGGGGGUGGACGGAGAAGUGAUUGAGCAUGAGAAUGGUAACGAGGCAGAUAUAUGUGCAGUUGAAGAUGUAGAGCCAUAUGAGGGCAUGGAAUUCGACUCUGAAGACGCAGCCUAUAAAUUCUAUAAUGCUUAUGCAAGGCUUGUGGGGUUUGGCACACGUCGGGCUAAGACACGUCGGUCAAGGACAAAUAGCGAAAUCAUUGGUCGUGAUUUUUAUUGUUGGAGGGAGGGUAGGCGUGAUGCGAAACACGAUAACAAACGGCGACAUCGUGCUCAAUUGAGGGUAGGGUGUAUGGCAAUGCUUCGUGUCAAGAGAGCUGAAACAGGCAAAUGGGUUAUCUCCAAGUUUGUGAAGGACCAUUGUCAUAAGUUUUUGGCUCCUGAUAAAAUUGGUCUCAUUAGAUCACAUCGGCGAAUAUCCGAUGAUGCAAAAAAGCUCCUUGCUCUCUAUGCAUCAGCUAUGUCAAAACGACCACAAUUGAUGUCAAAGGAGCAGGCUGGUGGGUCAGGAUCUACCCAGGAGAAUGAAGAUGAGGAUGAGGAGCCAGUUCAAGAGGGGGAACCAUAUGUGGGCAUGGAAUUUGACACUGAAUAUGCAGCCUAUAAAUUCUAUACUGAUUAUGCAAGGCAUGUGGGGUUUGGCACACGUUGGGCCAAGACACGACGAUCAAGGGCAAACAAGGAAGUCAUUGCUCGGGACAUUUAUUGUUUCAGGCAAGGUAAGCGCAAGCCAAAACGUGAUGCCAAUGUGCGUGAUGGCAAAGUGAGACAGCGGCCUCAUUCAAGGAUUGGAUGUAAGGCGAUGAUUCGUAUUAAGAAAUCUAAUAAUGGCAAAUGGGUUAUCAGCAGUUUUGUGAAAAAGCAUUGCCAUAAGUUUCUUACUCCUGGUGAAGUUGGUUUCACACGCAUGCGUAAGCGAAUAUUCGAUCCUUCCGGAGACCUCAUUGAUCUCUACAAUGAGGAGCGGGCUGGUGUGUCUGGAAAUGUUGACCAAGGGGAUUGUCAGAAUUACUUACUUAGCAAAAAAUUAAAGGGACAAGAUGCUAUGAAUGUGCUGGGCUUUUUUAACGAUAUGCAUGCAAAGAACCCCUCAUUUUUCUACCGCAUUCUAGUCAAUGAAGAAGGCCAUAUUAUAAGUGCAUUAUGGGUAGAAGCCAGGUCCAGGAUAUCAUACAAGCAUUUUAAUGACCUGAUUAUCUUCGACACAACAUAUCAAACAUGUUCAUUUAAAAUGCCAUUUGCAUCUAUUAUUGGGAUCAAUCACCAUAAUGACACAAUGUUCUUUGGGGGUGCAUUGAUUCAUGAUGAAUCUGUGGAUACCUUUGAGUGGGUUUUUAUCCAAUGGCUACAAGCAAUGAACAAUUGCCACCCGAAGGCAAUUGUCACUGAUGAAGAUCCAGCGAUUGCUGCUGCAAUUGCAAAAGUGUUCCCAUGGACUCGGCAUCGUUUUUGCAAGUGGCAUUUACUUGGAAAGUACAAUGAGAAGUUGGGGCAUAUAGAUCGUAAGCAUCCAUCAUUUCGUGAUGAUUUCAUGAAGUGCAUCGGGAGCCAAUCGGUAGAAGAGUUUGAAGCAUGUUGGUCAACUCUCAUGGACAAAUAUGGUGUUCAAGAGAAUGAAUGGCUGCAAAGGUUGCUUAACUGCCAAAGUCAAUGGGUUGAUGCUUACUUUCAGGAUACAUUUUUGGCCGGUACAGUGACCAGCCAACGAUUCGAAGAGAUACACUAUUCAUUGAAGCGUUAUGUGAAGUCCACUACAAGUCUGCAUACCUUUAUAACUGCCUUCCAAAAACUAGUGGACAAGAAGUUUGAUGAGGAGAAUACAGCUGACCACAAGUCCCUUACGGAAACACCAGUUUUAAGGACACCAUUUUACAUUGAGAAGCAAGCAUCAAAAAUUUAUACCCUUAAGAUGUUUGAUGAGUUUCAACGGGAACUAAUCAAGUCUACAAAUUGUUUCUAUGAAACAAUCACAGAGGAUGCGUAUAUCACCACGUUUAAAUUGGUCGAACAUGGGUUUGGAACAGCAUCCCACCUGGUUACUUUUGAUGCUUCUGAAGUGAAGGUGAGUUGUAGUUGUCACAAGUAUGACAAAUUUGGCAUUCUUUGUGGGCAUGUGUUGAGGGUCUUUAGUCUCAAGCAUGUUGUUGAACUCCCCUCUCAUUACAUACUGAAGCGGUGGACAAUGGAAGCGAAAAGGGAAGAGGAAGGCAUUGAAAUACAAGCUGGUUCCCAAGCACCACGCACCAUACGCCAUGAUGUUUUAUGUCAAUUAGUCAAUCAGAUCACAGAAGAUGGGGCCAUAAGUGAGGAUCUUUAUGAGUUCACGAGGCUUUGCCUAUCAAGGUUAGCUGUUGAGGUUGCUGAGAGGAAAAAGCUUGUGACAAAUAAUCAACCUGUCUCCUCAAACCAGGCUAGCCUAUCUCUCGAUGCUGGAUUCCAAGCUAUGGAAAUCGAGCCACAAUCGUUGACUCGUGAACCAUCACGCUCGAAUUCUAGAGGACGACCACCGAAGAACAAUACGAAAUGCAAUGUGUGCAAAGGAACAGGUCAUAAUAGGCGUACUUGUCCCAUAGUAAGGGGUGGAGGGUCAAACUUAAACAUUGGCAUAGGCAUGGUUGGGACGGAGAUUAACUUGGACGAGAACCAGAUUUCUCAGAUUUGCACUGGGGAUGAAAUGCCUGCAGUUCAAAUCCUUUCCUGGGGACAAAUCUAAAAAGCCAUAAUAUGAAAGGCUUCUAAAGCAAUGGUGCUUGCAGGUUUUGUGCCACUGAACUCCCAUUUUACAUGGCCACAAUUUAGUAAGAGUGUGAUGGAUACAAUCUAUUUCAUUUGAAUGGAUGGUCAAAUCCUACAAAGGGUACAAGGUGUUGUGUCCUGGGGAAGUGGUUUCAGAGUUGGUGUUUUGGAUCUACAGUAUUGCUUUUGAUGGCUUGGCUCUAUUGCAAAUAUCUCUCUUGGUGAAAACUAACUCUCUCAAGCACUCCGCACACAAGUAAUAAUUCAAAUUAAUUCAGUUUAUUGGGUGGUCUGAUUCUAGAA